AUGACAACAGACACCAAUAUCACAACUGCUGGCCACCUGCAGGUGCUGCUGGAUCCGGCUGUUACAUCACAGGAUAGUGUAGACAUUAUUCUCGUUCCAGGAAUCGGAACAAUCCCACCUAAGAAUUGGCCGUUUGCCAACACAGAUUGGCUCGCAUCCCUACCAGGCUCCGGUGCUAAGGCAAACGUUCUCUCGUACGAAUACUCCUCGCCGCUUGCAAGCAGAAAUCCCUCGUGGGAGUCGAUUCUGAUGCUGGGUUAUGACCUUCUCCAGAAUUUAAGCGAUUUUAGAUCAGGCUCAGACCUAGAUUCGCCAAUAUUAUUGGUCUGUCACAGCUUAGGAGGCCUUAUAGUCAAGCAGGCUUUGUGUGUUGCUAAUAAGCAGAUUACUCGGUACGGGUCGAUUGUCAACGCUAUAGCUGGCGUUAUCUUCUUUAGCACUCCACACCGUUAUGGCGAUGGGGUUACAAGCUUAAUGCGUUUUCGGGAUAUCUUGGAAGCAACAACAGGUAGAAAAAUGAAGCUCUCGAAAUCCAGUGUCGAGCAAGAAGGCGCUGUUUUGCUCGACCUCGCCGAUAGGUUCGAGGGCAUCUCCUUCCGGUCUCCGAUAUUAUCGAUUUAUGAAUUGAGACAAACGAAGAGCGGAUCAAUACCGCUACGCUGGAAAUACCAGCAGUUGGUUGAACGUGAAGCUUGCUUAACUCAUGCCCCUAUGGAAACAGUCAUUGGCCUCAAUAUCAACCACCACGAGAUAUGUCUUUUUACCAAGAGUGCCGGUAAUGAGGGCAUACCCGAGUUGGAGAAGUUUGUUCACGACACACUAAAUGAUGCCAUGCUUCUUGUUGCCUUUCGACUUAAGGAUCCAAGAUGUAACGAUGAGCAAUACUCGACCACAAUGAGCGGCCCGUAA